GCCGCUCGCGCUCCCCCCUGCCCUUCCAGCCAUGGGCUCUCAGUCAGCUGCACAUCGAGUUCUGGAUAUUCCCGAGCUUUUGGACUUGGUCUUCCGGCUACUCGACCACAAAUCCAACUUGAACAAUGCAUGCGUGUCCCACCACUGGACGGAUAUCGGGCUAAAUAACCUGUGGCGGCGGGUUGAUUCAGCGCCGCAAAUCGUCCAUCUAUUCUCUAAAUUAGCUCCUCUCGAUUACAAGUUGGAUGUCGGAAACUGUUUCACCAGAGCAGUCACGCAAGCAGACUGGGCGAACUUCGCUCCGUAUGCUCGUCGUGUGCGGUUGCUCAUUUAUAAUCCUCAUCCCUUGAGGACAAAAGAAGCAAUACACCACUCUGUCUUCGCAGAGAUCUCUAGAACACGGACGUCCUUCACAAUCUUCCCCCAUCUACGUGUCUUGGGCUGGCGCGCGCGAAACACCGCCACUUGCAUCUAUUCGACGUUGUUCAUGCAUAGCGCUGUCAAGGAAGUUCGCAUCGACAUAGCGUCAGCCAUCAGUUACACCAGAGAAGCCCAGGUUGACGAUCUAAUAUCCCGUCUACCUUCCCUAGAAACUCUCUGUAUAGCUGCCGAGCUCUCGAUUUCGACCAUUCCAUCGCUCAUGCCCUUAUUCAGCAAACUUCAAACUCUGAAGAAGAUUUCUAUGGAGAGGUGGUUAUAUACGCCGAGCGUCAUGAUGGCGCUGUCGCAGCUUCCAUACUUAGAGGCCCUCGCAUUCGAUUUAUCACUGGAAUCAGAUGACGAAGCUCUAGCCACGGAACUUUACCCCGACCUACCAGACAAACCAUUUGGACCGAACACUUUCCCGGCUCUGAAGCAAAUCUGCUUGUGGACACCGCUUUCCGUCGCCACAAUGCUCCUCACGGGCGACACCUCCCUAUCCAGGCUUUCCGAGAUCAACGUUUACACACGCGAGGCCGAAGGGAAGAAGGCCAUCAAAAGCUUCCUCAAGGCGGUAGCAGAUACGUAUCCAGACCUCCAGGAGCUAUGCUUGGAAGUCGUCGAUACACGCCCAGCUAAUCCAUCCAUCGAACCGGAACAAAUUGGUCUCGACACACUUCAGCCCAUCCUCCGUCUCAAAUCCCUGCGCAGCCUGGAAUUCAGACAUAAUCUACCGCUCAUGCUCAACGAGGAGGAUGUUUCCCAGUUAGCGGUUUCACUUCCCAACCUCGAAAACCUGUUCCUGAAUCCGGAACCCCUGAAUAUAAUCGAUACGGACGAAUAUCCCCCGUUGCCUUUGGCGGCGUUGAUUCCACUCGUACGGCAUUGUCGCAAGCUCGAGAAGCUGGGCGUGUACAUCGACGGAAUCGCAAAGGACCCAUCUGAUGAUGUCCACGGUCUUAUCCCUCGAUUCCCGGUUCUUCACGACUUCUAUAUUGGUGUCUCUCCCAUCUGCGAAGUCGACGGCAUACAACCCCUUGCUCUCUUCCUCUCACACCUCCUUUUCGGUCAGCAAGCCCCUAUUUUGAGCAUGGGAGUCACCUGGCCGUGGUACAUGGUCGACGAGGUCUACAAGGCCGUAAGCAGGGAACGGUACGAAAGAUGGGAGGCUCUGAGGGAUAUGUUGCCAUUGCUGAUGAAGAUCAGGCAGGAAGAGGUGGUGCAGAGGAUUGAUGUCGAGCGAGAAGUCGAAGAUUUGCGCAUGAGAAACGAGCUCCUGACAGCUCACGCUAAAAUCAGACAGGCGGGAGCUGUUGGUCCAGGAGGAACGACAUGUUUACUGCAGUGAUGGACAUCAGUAUCGUCAGGGUGACAUGUCUCCCGUUGGGCGCUCUCGGCUUUAUAUAGACAUCAUACUUUCCUAGACCGUUUUGUUUCAUUUUCCUCCCAAGUUCGUGAGUAUCCUUGUGCGGCGGCCGUACUAUUUGGUGCGAGCUUUACGGUCGGCCGCCGUUGUAUCUCUGAUAAUAGUGUUUUGCUGUGGACGUUCCUCAAUUUACAGUCCUUCCUCGUGAUUUUGAGUGUCGUUUCAUCGGGUUGACAUCUGUUUGCGUUAUGUUUGCGUUGUGGCCGGCCUCCGGGCGUUCGAGUUGAC